AUGGGCGUCAUCCGCUUGACUCGCGCGCUGGUUGAGCGCUAUCCGCUCAUUCUGCGCACCAUCGGACCAAGCAACGAUGCGCCGCUCUUUGACAACCUCUACCUCGAUUUCAACGGAAUCGCGCACAACGCAAGCCAUGGCAAGGACGAUGCUGGGGCCGCCGCCAUCUCCGAGCUCGAGAUGAUGUCUGCCAUGUUCGCUGCGAUUGAUCGCCUCGUCGAGGUUGCUCGCCCACAGAAGCUCGUCUACAUUGCCAUCGACGGUGUUGCGCCGCGGGCAAAGAUGAACCAGCAGCGCCAGCGCCGUCUCAAGACUGCACGCGCAGCAGAGAAGGCGCGCACGGAAGCCAGCGCCAUUGGCGAUCUCACUGGCGCCAAGCCGAUCGAGGAGAUUGAGGCAGAGGCACGCGCUCUGCCGUUCGACGCAAAUUGCAUCACUCCUGGCACAGAGUUUAUGGAUCGCAUGGAGGCGUACUUGAGCUACUACAUCAAGCGCAAAAUCACAGAGAGCCCUCAGUGGAGCUCCCUCCAGGUCAUCCUCUCGGGCCAUCGAACGCCCGGUGAAGGCGAGCACAAGAUUGUUGACUGGAUUCGAGCGCAGAAGUCUCAGCCAGGUUACAAUCCAAACACUCGCCACUGCAUGUACGGAUUGGACGCCGAUUUGAUCAUGCUAUCGCUCGCCAUGCACGAACCGCAUUUUGCCAUUCUGCGCGAGAAGGUGCUCUUCCGCUCAAAGAAGGCCAGCGUGAAUGCUGCUGAUGCGCGAAGUGAAGUGGCCUUCCAGGCGACCGACGAGCUGCAGCUGCUGUACAUUGGGCUGCUGCGCGAGUACUUGGACAUGGAGUUUGGUCUCUCGGCCGGGUUUAAGCGAAGCGACGGACUUCGUCAUGGUCCUCUCGAGAAGCUGAUGGAGCAGCAACAGAAGGCCGCCACCCCAGCGCUCACGUCACAGUCGGUCUCGGCUUGGAACCUCGAGCGCACCAUUGACGACUUUAUCUUUUUGUGCUUUAUCAUCGGAAACGACUUUUUGCCGCACAUGCCUGGCUUUGACAUUGAUUCGGGCGGUCUGGAUUUUGCAUUCGAGGCUUACCGCCAGGUGCGCAACUCGCUCAACGACUACCUCGUCAAUGCCAGCACGGUUGUUGUCAACAUUGCCUUCUUGGAGCAGCUGUUUGCCCAUCUCUCUCGCCGUGAGCGCCAGUUGUUCGACGCGCAUGCGACGCGUGCGACCAAGCCUGCCAAGCCCUCUACCACCGAGCCGGAGACGACUGACACAGCCCCUUCUGCGAGUGCCGAGUUUGUGGAUCCUGCGAUCGUGAGCUUGUCGGCAUCGUUUGCAGAAAUGGCUUCCCGCCCCGGUCAAGCGCAAGCCCCAGGGGAGCAGCAGCAGCAGCCACAGCAACCGCAGCAGCAACAACAGCAACCUGCCCAUCAGCAACAGGUGCCUGGUCCCCAGCCGCCCUUCCCCCAACCCAUGCAAGGACUGCCACCUGUUGUGAUGGUGCAGACUCCUCAAGGUGUCAUUCCCAUGGCACAAACGCCCCAAGGUCUUGUUCCCAUGACACCUGCCAUGAUGCAGAUGCACCAGCAGCAGUACUUUAUGAUGCAACAGCAGUAUGCUCAAAUGGCGUACUUGCACCACCAGCAACAACAGCAGCAGCAGCAGCAGCAGCAUCAACAACAACAACAGCAGCAGUCGCAGCAGCCCUCAACCCAGGAAUCCAAGUCUGCUUCGUCUCGUCCUGCCAUGUGGGGAUUGCCAACUUCGGUCAUGAAGCAAGGCGCCAAAUCCGGCGCAGUGUAUUCAGAACCGCCCGCAAAGGCUGCGGCUCAACAGCCCCAGCAGCCUGCUGCCCAGGUCGCGCCGCAAGCUGCUGGCAUCAACCACGCGGCGACUGCAGGCCUGCAAGCCCUGCUCAAGGUCCAGCCAAAGUCUCAGCCGCAACUCUCUCCAACUGCCGCACCUGCUCCAACUGCCGCACCUGCUCCAGCUGCUGCACCUGCUCCAACUGCUGCACCCGCCCCAACUGCUGCACCCGCCCCAACAGACGAAGCCAGCUACAAGAGCUCGUACUAUGCAACCUACUUUGACGACGUUGUUUCAAACACGCCUUCGUUGCGCAAGCUGAUCAAGCACUACCUUGAGGGCUUGGUGUGGGUCUUGCACUACUACACUCAGGGUCUGGCGUCGUGGUCUUGGUACUUCCCGUACCACUUUGCUCCAUUCGCCUCCGACAUGGUCAAUCUGGGAGAGCUGUAUGGCCAAAUUCAUUUUCCCGCCGACAGCCCGCUCAAUCCUUAUGAGCAGCUGCUUGCCGUGCUGCCCCUUGCCAGCGCGCAAUUCCUCCCGGCGCCCCUUCGCCCGCUGAUGACGGGGGCUCUCGCAGAGUUUUACCGAACCGAUCACCGCGUCAUUCCCGACGAAAAAGGGCGCGAGUACAAGGACGUGCUGCUCAUUCCCUUCAUUGAUAUUGAGCGACUGAGAGCAGAGGUGCGCACUGCGCUGGCGAGUGGCAGUCUUACGGCCGAAGAGCGCACCCGCGGCUCGCUGGGUCAGGCACAGCUCUUUGUGCACGCUCCUGGCAAGGGUCUGCACGUACCGUCGCCAGUUCGCAAAUCCGACAGCGGAGACGCCGGCUCCUCCUCCUCCUCCUCCUCCUCCCCGCUGCCGGCGUUUUCUGCCAACGCAAGUGCCCAAGAUUACACGCCGCCUGCUCGCUCGAGCAAGUUCCAGCCCAUCAUUUUGGAAGGAUGCUGGACUGGACUGAUCCCACCACCGGCUGGAUUCCCUUCCAUCCGUGGUCUGGCUCUGUCGCCUGCAUUGCGAGCUGUGGGCGUCACACCGUUCGGCUCGGCGUCCAAAAACGCGUCGAUGGUGUUGGCUGUUCCUGACGGCGACGACGAGACCUUGCAAGCCGCCAUCGCGUCUGCCGACGGUCGGCUGUCAGAAGUCCCCACGCUUGCCCGUGUCAUUACCAAAGCCAAGAUUGCCCAAAGUGCCCGAGCCCUUUUGGGCAGCAUCUGUGCUGUCAACUAUCCUCAUCUCCUGGAAGCUCGUGUGGUUGCAGUGUACGAGCCCGAAGGUGUUCUCCGGCUGUCCAAGAAGGGCCAGAUUGUGCGCUCGGAACUGACUGAGGGCUGGCCUGCCAUGGUCGCGCGGCUCCAGGAGCAGUACUUGAAGACGCAAGGCAUUGACAUCCCCUCCAUGCACUUGAUUGUCGAGGCCGCUCCGUUUGAGGGCAUGCGCCAAACCGUGGACGGCGCUCUGAUCAAAGAGUUUGCCGAAAAAACCGAGCGAUACGCCGUUCAAGUCGUACUGCGUCGUAUUCCGCGCGUGGACGAACGCUUUGUGGAGACGGAGGCACGUCCGGCUAAUGCUCGCUUCACACUGAACUCGCCAGUCCUACUCUUGACUGCCGGGCCGACGUAUGGGCAGCUUGGAAACAUCACCAAGCUUUCUGCUGAUGCACACACCGCCGAUGUCAGCGUCAGUGCUGCCGCCAGUGCCGGCGAUUUGGAUUCGGCCAUGAGCCGCUUGCUGUUGAACACCAAGCAAGAGGAGUACUUUGGUGUCGCCAAUGUCGCUCAGCGAACAGGAGUGUCUGCAUUGGUGCUGUCCCGUUUGUCUGGCAGCAUUACCAUCAAGCUUGACAAGAAGCUCGCCGUGGAUGUCGGCCUCGGCAUCAAGUUCCACCGACGAGCUCUCCAAGUUCAUGGCUACACGCGCCGCGUGGAAGGCUCGAAUGAUGACAGAAGCCGUCGCGGCGGUCCUCAGUGGGAGUACUCGCAGCGUGCCAUCGACUUGGUGAUUGCAUUCAAGGAAGCCUUCCCAGACCUGUUUGCUGCUGUUGAGCGCAAUCCCAACUUGGACGACUAUCCGCUUGAUUUUGUGUUUGGGACGGCUUCUGCCCCCGCUGCCGGCGAUGCAAAUGCAGAGUCAACCGCCGAGACUGUCUCCGCAGAGGCGUCCAGUGACGAGCUCCUCAAGGCCGAUCCCAGCGAAUCUUCAGUGGCGACCGCUCUUUCCAGCAUUGAUCAGCAUGCUCGCUCUCGCCUGAGCCAGCUCCUCUCUUGGCUCCGCGAAUGCCCGGCCGCCAAGCUGCCCCUUAUUUCCUGCGACGCACAUGCAUUGUCUGACGUUGUGGUGUCACUGAUCGAGGGCGAGGCUCAGCGAAUUAACAGCUUGGCUGACAAGAAGCGCGUGAACGUGAAGGGCUUGAGCCACACCGAGAUGCUGAGCCCUUGCGACGUUCCGCUGUCACGCAGCCGAGCCACCGGCGCUGGGCAUACAGUUGUUCGCCCCGGACAUCGCGUCGUGUAUCUCAUGUCGCAUGGAUCUGUUCCUUUCGGCGAGAAGGGUACGGUCAUUUCCGUGCUGGGGGAUUGCGUGGAGGUUGCAUUCGACCGCCCUCUCUUGUCUGGCACGACGCUUCACAAUCGAUGCCAAGACCGUCGCGGUGCCGCCAUUCCGCUGGCUUACCUGCUCAACAUUACCGCGCCCACGCAUGCAGUGCACGCAUCCAACGUGCGCCACGUCGAGGUUGCGGCAUCUCCCCAAGCCGGCAAAGCUGCUGCGGCGGCUUCUCCGAGUGCAGCACGUGCUGGCAAGGGCGGCAAGGGCAAGCAGGCGGCGAACUUUGCCAACGCCUUUGAUCUUCUUGGCAACGAUGAUGCUUGA